AUGAAGAUAACAGACAAAUUGGAGAAGCACCAGGAAAAGUCGGCAAAGCCAACUUUUUCCUUUGAGUAUUUCGUACCAAAGACUACACAAGGUGUUCAAAAUUUGUAUGAUAGAAUGGACAGGAUGUAUGAAACUUCUUUCCCGCAGUUUGUGGAUAUCACAUGGAAUGCAGGUGGGGGUAUGCUGUCUCAGCUUUCAACUGAUUUGGUAGCUACGUCGCAAAGUGUCCUUGGUCUGGAAACAUGCAUGCAUUUGACAUGCACGAAUAUGCCUGUAUCUGAGAUUGAUGACGCACUUCAGAGAGCAUACGAGUCGGGCUGCGAAAACAUCUUGGCUCUAAGAGGUGAUCCGCCUCUCAACUCCAAGGAGUGGACACCGGUCGAGGGCGGCUUCCGGUAUGCUAAAGAUUUGGUCAAGUAUAUCAGGGAAAAGUACGGUGACCAUUUUGGCAUUGGUGUGGCUGGUUAUCCCGAAGGUCAUCCGGAAGACAAUGAUGACAGAGAUAAGCUAGUGGAGUAUUUGAAGGAGAAAGUGGACGCCGGUGCAGAUUUUAUCAUCACGCAGAUGUUCUAUAAUGCUGAUAUAUUCAUCAAGUGGUGUGAAGCAGUUCGAGCAGCCGGGGUUUCUGUUCCAAUUAUUCCUGGAAUCAUGCCAAUUACAACAUAUGCGGCGUUCUUAAGAAGGGCUCAAUGGUGUGAAAUUAACGUUCCUGACGAGUUUAUGAAAAAAUUGGACGCUGUCAAAGAUAAUGAUCAAACGGUACGUGAAAUUGGUACCGAUCUACUGGUCUCUAUGUGCCAGAAGCUAUUGGAUAGCGGAUUCGUGAAUCAUUUACAUAUCUACACCAUGAAUUUAGAAAAGGCUCCUAUCAUGAUUCUUGAAAGAUUGGGAUUGCUACCCACUGACAAGGAUGUCAGCGAUGCUGCAGUUGCGGUUUUACCAUGGAGAAAGUCUUUGAAUCCACAGCGUCGUAAGGAAGAAGUGAGACCAAUUUUUUGGAAGAAACGCCCAUACUCGUACGUUGCCAGAACCUCUCAAUGGGCUGUCGAUGAAUUUCCAAAUGGUAGAUUCGGUGACUCUUCGUCACCUGCAUUUGGCGAUUUGGAUCUUUGCGGAUCAUCCUUGAUUAGACAAUCUGGGAAAAAAUCUUUAGAGUUGUGGUCAAGACCAAAAACAGUGGAAGAUAUUGCUCGACUUGUCAUAAGAUAUUUGGAGAGAGAUUUGAAUUGUUUACCAUGGUGUGACGUUGCACUCAACAAUGAAGUUGAUGUCAUUCUCGAGGACUUGAUUUCCCUCAACCAGAAUUUAAUUAUCACCAUUAAUUCCCAACCUCAACUCAAUGGUAUUAAAUCGAGUGAUCCUGUUUUUGGUUGGGGUCCUAAAGAUGGGUAUGUUUAUCAAAAGCAGUAUUUGGAAUUCCUCUUACCAAAGGAAAAGCUCUAUAAGCUACAAGAUUCGUUGAAAGAUAAUACCAUGUUAACGUACUUUGCUGUGGAUUAUGAGGGUAAUUUGACCACAAAUCAUCCAGACGAUUACAAGGCAAAUGCUGUAACAUGGGGUAUUUUCCCUGGCAGAGAAGUUCUGCAGCCUACCGUUGUGGAAAAGAUAUCCUUCCUAGCGUGGAAGGAAGAAUUUUACCAUAUUUUACAGGAAUGGAAAUUAAAUUUUCAAAACAAUCAAAUUCAAGAGAGUGUGGUUUUAUUAGAUCAUCUGAUUGGUGACUAUGUACUUGUCAACAUUGUUGAUAAUGAUUUUGUUUCAAUUGAUAACAAAAUGCUAAAAUUACUACAUGAAAUUUAG